GCAGCUCCUCCCCCUUUUUCUGUUGCCGCCUGUAACUCUGGGGAAGAACAGUUUACUGUGUUUUAGUUAACGUACCGGGGCAGAACAGCUGGACUGAUGUGAACCACCGACUUAACGUCCUCUUUUGUUAGGAACAUCUCAUGAGCUAUGAUCGGACAGAUAUAGUUCAUAUGACCAGAACACAACACGACCUUACACAGCUGCUGGUUCACCUCAGAGGAUCCUGCAACAAUCCUAAAGAUAAUUAGCAUGGCCACAGAUGAUGACGGAAAGACGGUUUUCUUUUAACAGUAUGGGACGUAUAAAAACCAAAGCUCUUCCUCCAUUUCUUGAAAAGCCAUGGCUGCCGAUUGAUUGGGAAGACAGAGAGUCUGACCUGCAGUUCAUAAACGACUACAGACCUAAAGGCAGCCACCGGCAGCUCAGGAUUCUUCUGCAUGGACCAGUCGGAGCCGGAAAGUCCAGUUUCAUCAACUCCGUCCUCAGCGCCUUGGAGGGCAGAAUCUGUCACAAGGCGACUGCGUGCAACAUCAUCCAGAAUAGCUUCACCAAGAAGUACAUAACCUACAAGAUUAAAAGAGGAGACCAGGAAACCGCGUAUCCUUUUGUACUGAAUGACAUGACAGGUUUGAGCAACAUCAGCUGGAAACACAGAAGAGUCUAUGAGAAGGACAUGAAAAUGGCCAUGAAGGGUCACAUCAAGGAUGAGUAUAAAUUCCACCCUCAGAGUUCGUUGUCCGAAAACGAUCCGUUCUUCAACCGGAACCCAACUAUCAACGACAAAGCUCACAUCCUGGUUACCGUCUUUGAUGCCAACACAAUAAAUCAGCUGGACCAAAAUAUAGCAGAGACAAUUCAGGAGAUCAGAGACGAAGCCACUGACCUGGGGAUUCCUCAUGUGGCCAUUCUCUCUAAAAUUGAUGAGGCCUUUCCUGAGAUCAGAGAAGAUAUAAAAAAUGUCUGCCACAGCCGGCCACUACAGCAAAAGAUUCAGCUCCUCAGCAAAAUGGUGGGAAUCCCAGAGAACUGCAUCUUCCCCUUGAAGAACUACCACUGUGAGAAGAAGCUGAACCAUGAAACCGACGCUCUGAUCCUCAACACCCUGAGGAGCCUCAUCGAGAUCGGAGAGGAAUACCUUAGCAAUGGUAAAAGAUCAAAUCUGCUGGGAGGAACCGUUAGGGAGUCGAUUCAGGACAUCAGAAACAGAAAGAAAACUGCCAAGCUGGGGAUUCAUCAUGUGGCCGAUCUCACCAAAACUGAUGACGCCUGUUCUGAGAUCAGCAAUGAGACAAAUGACUGCAGGAGCCAGGAGCUGCAGGGAAACGUUCAGGACUUGAGCCCAGAGAGCUGCGCCUACCCUGAGAAGAACUACGACUGUGAAAAAAGUCAAUCAGAACCAGACGAAGACGUUGCUUCACGUGAGAAACGCUGCUGGCUUCUGAAGGAGAGAACCAGAUCCAGCCUGAGCCGGACACGCCUGCACUGGGAACGACCCAGUAAGGACCGGCAGGAAAACUGGGUCAGGCAGCAGCAGCUUUCUGAGGUCGAGAGGAAAACAAACACAGAUGGAAACCUUCCAGAGCCACAAACUGACUCGAGUGUAAAUAUGAGAAUAAAUCUGAUCCUCAGACGUUCAGCGGAUCCUUCAGAUCAAGUCUGAAUGUUGGGAUCUUCAGAGGAAACAACUGGAGCCUCAUUUCUGUCACCAGUUAUUAAAUAAAAACAUAUGAUAUCAGA